UCAAAGCCUAUAGGCCUCAAUGGAGAUUCCUAGGCGACGGAGCGGCGCCAAAAUGGAGGAAAGCGGAGCAGUUUCAUAACCCCCGUGUAGGUGGAGCUUGGUUUUCUGGAAGCUCCGUGGAGCUGAACGUCCAGGCACACGGGAGACGGCGGUCGGGAAAAAAAAACAUAAACCAGCGGCUGGAAAGUGCCGAGCCGCGGAGACGGACAAAGCGUCUGCACGGUGCGUUUAAAGCAAGAGCUGAACCCGCCCGUCAGGUCCACGACCGGAUGACUGUGUGCAUCCCUGGAAAAAAAAACUGAAGUGUAAUCCGCGAGGCUGCUUGGGAAGUGCAGAUCACUGUAACCCACCUGGAUCAGGGCUGUAACCCGAGCCUGAUGUCCCCUGUCCACCGGGUCUGUCCGGGCAUUUCCUCCUCUGCGAGCGCAACAUUGAAACCUUCAGACCAGUCGGAGCAGUUAACGGGAGCAGACACAGCGGCGGAGGAGUUUACACUAAUGUUUGUUUGACAACCACGUAUGGUGUGCUUUUUGAGACGGGAGUGCAAUACCGGGAAGCUGUGGGAAAGGCGGGGCCGAACCGGUGGACUCCCAAACUGGAUUAUUGAGCUCCCCCAGUGCCGAUUCACUCACAGCGACGCAGCGUUAUUUGGGGGGGGCGGGGGGUCGACGAAGGAGGCAACAACUGGAAUUUAGAAACCUUUCUUUGGAACUCUUUACCGACCGCCCUGCCGCUGACUGCACGAGCGGUUCUUAGUCAGUUAUUUCGGUCAGACGGCCAGCUGCCUGUGGCCUUCCUCCCCCCCUCCAUUCAGGAGCAUUAAUCAGGUUCGGGACGCAUAUUUUGGGGAUAAUUUUUCCCCAGCCGGGGUCGGACUAUGGCGGACGACGACAUUCUCUUUGAAGAUGUGUACGAGCUCUGCGAGGUCAUCGGCAAGGGUCCCUUCAGCGUGGUGAGAAGAUGCAUCAACAGAGACACGGGGCAGCAGUUUGCUGUCAAAAUCGUGGAUGUGGCCCAGUUCACCUCCAGUCCUGGACUCAGUACAGAGGAUCUGAAGAGGGAGGCCAGCAUCUGCCACAUGCUAAAGCACCCCCACAUUGUGGAGCUUCUGGAGACGUACAGCUCAGAUGGGAUGCUCUACAUGGUUUUCGAGUUUAUGGAUGGAGCAGACCUGUGUUUUGAGAUCGUGAAGAGGGCAGAUGCUGGCUUUGUCUACAGUGAAGCAGUGGCCAGCCACUACAUGAGACAGAUCCUCGAGGCGCUACGCUAUUGCCAUGACAACAAUGUCAUCCACCGAGACGUCAAGCCUCACUGUGUGCUGCUGGCGUCCAAAGAGAACUCUGCUCCGGUGAAGUUGGGGGGAUUUGGAGUCGCCAUCCAGCUCGGAGAGUCGGGACUGGUGGCAGGAGGUCGGGUAGGAACUCCCCACUUCAUGGCCCCAGAGGUGGUGAAGAGAGAGCCGUAUGGUAAGCCCGUGGACGUGUGGGGCUGCGGAGUCAUCCUCUUCAUCCUCCUCUCAGGGUGUCUGCCUUUCUACGGCACCAAGGAGCGACUGUUUGAAGCCAUCUGCAAGGGCAAAUACAAGAUGAAUCCGCGCCAGUGGGGUCUGAUCUCAGAGAGCGCAAAGGAUCUGGUGAGGCGCAUGCUGAUGCUGGACCCCGCUGAGAGGAUCACCGUCUACGAGGCUCUUAACCACCCCUGGCUGAAGGAGAGGGACCGUUAUGCCUACAAAAUCCACCUGCCAGAGACUGUGGAACAGCUGAGAAAGUUCAAUUCCAGGAGGAAGCUCAAGGGGGCUGUCCUGGCUGCAGUUUCCAGCCACAAGUUUAAUUCCUUCUACGGAGACCCCCCUGAGGAACUCCAUGACUUCUCUGAAGAUCCCACGUCCUCAGGACUACUAGCAGCUGAACGGGCUGUGUCUCAGGUGUUGGACAGUUUAGAGGAGAUCCACGCCUUGACAGACUGCAGUGAAAAGGAUCUAGAUUUCCUUCACAGUGUUUUCCAGGACCAGCAUCUGCACACACUGCUGGACCUCUACGAUAAGAUCAACACCAAGUCAUCCCCACAGAUCAGAAACCCGCCCAGUGAUGCUGUGCAGAGAGCCAAAGAGAGUUCAACCCAAGACGAAGCAAGUGGCGCUUUGAAACAUCUGGAAUAUGUACUGGAAGAGAUCUCCUGCUACCCAGAGAACCACGAAGCUAAAGAACUCAGGCGGAUACUGACGCAGCCACAUUUCAUGGCGCUGUUGCAGGCCCACGACGUGGUGGCCCACGAGGUUUACAGCGACGAGGCUCUGAGGGUGACCCCUCCACCCACCUCGCCCUACCUGAACGGAGACUCCCCGGAGAGCGCCAACGGAGACAUGGACCUGGAGAACGUCACCAGAGUCCGCCUGGUCCAGUUCCAGAAGAACACAGACGAGCCGAUGGGUAUCACGCUGAAGAUGAACGACUCAAACCACUGCAUCGUUGCAAGGAUAAUGCACGGGGGAAUGAUCCACAGACAAGGGACGCUGCACGUAGGAGAUGAGAUCAGGGAGAUCAACAGCAUCAGUGUGGCCAACCAGACGGUUGAGCAGCUGCAGAAGAUGCUGAGAGAGAUGCGAGGCAGCAUCACCUUCAAAAUAGUGCCGAGUUAUCGGACCCAGGGCUCCUCGUGUGAGAAAGAGUCCCCCAACACCUCCAGGCAGUCCCCUGCCAAUGGCCACUCCAGCAUUAACAGUUCUAUCUUGGACCUGCCAUCCACCAUUCAGCCCAAGGGUCGACAGAUGUAUCUAGAUGUAUCCAGACCUCCAAUCAAGGACAAAAUGUCUGUGAAGAUCUACGUGAGGGCUCAGUUUGAAUAUGACCCCUCCAAAGACGAACUCAUCCCCUGCAAGGAGGCCGGCAUCCGCUUCCGGGUGGGCGACAUCAUCCAGAUCAUCUCCAAGGAUGACCACAACUGGUGGCAGGGCAAGCUGGAGAACACAAAAAAUGGCACGGCAGGCCUCAUCCCGUCGCCAGAGCUGCAGGAGUGGCGAGUGGCGUGCAUAGCCAUGGAGAAGACCAAGCAGGAGCAGCAGGCCAGCUGCACCUGGUUUGGCAAGAAGAAGAAGCAGUACAAAGACAAAUAUCUGGCAAAGCACAACGCAGUGUUCGACCAACUAGAUCUGGUCACAUACGAAGAGGUUGUGAAGCUUCCUGCUUUCAAGAGGAAAACACUAGUUUUGUUAGGUGCCCAUGGAGUGGGAAGAAGACACAUCAAGAACACACUCAUAACCAAACACCCCGACAGAUUCGCCUACCCCAUCCCACACACAACCAGAACUCCAAAGAAGGACGAGGAGAACGGGAAGAACUACUACUUUGUUUCCCACGAUCAGAUGAUGCUGGACAUCAGCAACAAUGAGUACCUGGAGUACGGCAGCCACGAGGACGCCAUGUACGGGACGCGGCUGGAGACCAUCCGAAAGAUCCACCAACAGGGACUCAUAGCUAUACUGGACGUUGAACCUCAGGCCCUGAAGGUCCUCCGGACAGCAGAGUUUGCCCCCUACGUCGUCUUUAUUGCUGCACCAACUAUCACACCAGGCAUCAAUGAGGACGAGUCUCUCCAGCGGCUGCAGAAGGAGUCGGAGAUCCUGCAGAAGACCUACGCCCACUACUUCGACCAGACCAUCAUCAACAAUGAGAUCGAUGAGACCAUCAGACACCUGGAGGAGGCCAUCGAUCUAGUGUGCACCACCAGUCAGUGGGUUCCCGUGUCCUGGGUCUACUGACCUCCUCCCAUCCUCCCAGCAACAGCACCUCGGCCAAACUCCCAUCAUUCCCUCUACAAAAUAAGAAUAAAUUUAAAAAAACAAUUAACAAAACUGACGGGAAACCUCUCUCCACACUGCACUUGAUCGAAGAAAAAAAGAAACUCAGCGUACUGUGACCACAGCAUUCAACCGAAAUCCUCCUGAACGCUGCACAAACUACCUGCAGCGGGGCAAUUAACGGACUCCUGCCCCUUCAAGAUGACCUAGUCAUAGUGUUGUACAAAAACAGAGUAAACAAAAAGUGAAUAUUGUCAUGUCUGUACUAGCUAGGAGGCGACAUUUCUGUAGAUGUUUGUUUUAAAGAGACAGUACUGCGUCCCGUCCUGCCAUGUUGGAGCACCGCUAGCAGUCCACAUCCCCACCACCACCAACAAAAACAACCCUCCAUCACCUUGUAGUCGUGUUGGGUGUUGUAGUACCAAAACCAUCUGCAGAGAGACACUGUCAGUGGGUAUUCUGUCUAUCAGCAGACGGACGUAAAAGCACACAAACACACUGCAAUGUCUUCUCAUCGGUAGAUCACAGCGCCAGCCCUCAUUAUUUAUUCAUUCCUGUUAUUUUCUAACCUUCAUCCUCUCAUGACUCCAUCCUAUUGUUCGGUACAGUAUCACUAUAUGCACCUUUCUACCUACCGACCUACCAACCAGGUACUGUCUCUUCUAAAUAAAUCCAUAAAUGUUUUAGAUUUGAAUGAGGUUAUCAUGCAUGUGGACAUUUGCAAGCUUCCAUGCUGUCAGUCAGUCAGUGUUCCCCCGUGUCCCUCUGUGAACCUCCGAGAAAGACAUGACGACAAAAAAUAAAAAAGUUUGGACUCCAAGUGAAGCAAGAAAGGGGGGGGAGGCAGGAAAAAUAAACAGCGACGGAGCCGGACGUUGACUUGACACCUAUGCACAUCCUUUGCAUUUCGGGUGACAUUUCUAAACCACACAGAUUUAUAAAUUUCAAAAAAAAAAAUAUCAACCAUGUAGUGAGAUGUGUUUGUAAAAAAGAAAAUCUAAUAAAAGUUGAUUUGUUUCUCUUUUUGAUUUGUCAUACACAGAAAAAAAGAAUUCACCUAAUUCCUCAUUUGCCAUUUCAGAAAUGUGAUGUCCAAGAAGUAUUAGUGUUUCAAUCCAGUUUAAAAAUCAAAUGAGGUGAAAUGCUGAUUUUUAUUCUGAAACUGUGUUUACUUGUCUGCAAUGGAAGUGUACAAUUCUGCAAAGGGGACUACUUUGCGAGGGAAGAGGAGGCAGUGUGUGCAUCUGAAUGACCAUGUAUAUGACAAUGACAGACUGACAUACAACUGCCCCUUGUGUAAAUGACUCUGCAAUGAUAAGGGUUCUUCAGUAUGAACAAUUUUUUUAAAUAUAUUCCUUUUAUGUGUUGGAAAAAUUAA